AUGGUAAAAAAAAAAGCAACGAAAGUUGACAUAUCAAGUAAUAAUGUAACAACAAUAGUAAAUACCGAAGCUACCACGGAAGAACCUCCUGAUGACAAUCCAAAUAUAAGAAGAAGUAGUAGAACCCGUCGUGCCACAGCCACUAUUUUAACUUCUGACUUAUCUUUACCAUCUUUUAAUUCAUCUUCAUUUUGUAGAGAUUCUAUUUCUAUAAAUGAUGAAGGUACGCCAUUACCAAAGAAAAGGCGGAUAAGUGAAAGUUCAGUAAAAAGAGCAAGGAAAAAAUCCUUAGGCAAUACUACAGUUAUAUCAGAGGAACCAACUGUUUCAUCAGAUAACAAUCAAAAAUUAACAGAAGAUAACAAAAUAGUACUUUUAGAACCUCAAGUUUCUGAGGAAACAAUUAAAACAGAUAACCUAGAAGAUAAUUCCAUAACAUCUGAAACCGGACGAGGUAAACGAAUGAAAAAACCUAAGAAAUUUGCUGAUGAAGAAAUUAUUGAAUCUUCAUCAAGAAAAAAAAGCAUUUGUAAACCAAAAAAUUUAACUGCCAUUAAAAAUGAUCAAUCUGUAAAUGAGGAUAAAACACAAGUAGCAAUUAAUAAUGUAGAAAAACAAUUAAAAGUUGAUGUUUUUAAAUGUAAAAGUACAGAUUUAAGUGGAGAAGAAGAUGUUAAAGUUAAUUCUGUUAAAAGAAAAACAACUAAAUUAAAAAGUAAAAAUGAUGAAGAUGAUGAGAGGGAGUUAAGCAUGGUAGAAAGUGCAGAUUACAAUAUAAUAUCAUUAUCAUCUAAAGUUGGCAAUCUUAAUUUUGGCAACGGGUUUUCUAUGUUAGAUAGAUUAAAUAGUGUUAAGCAAAUGAAAAUUCAGAGAGAAAAUGAAAAAAGAUUGGAAGCAUUACGAAAGGAACAAGAGAAAAAAGAGCGUGCUGAGAAACGAAAACAAGAACUUCAGAAAAAACGACAGGAACAGAAACUAUUAUCCUUACAAGCUCAAAAUACAUAUUUCCCCGGGUUUAAUAUUUUUAUGCCAAAUUCUGUAGAUAUAAGUCAUGAUAAUACACCAGAUCCUGAUUACACAAUGGAUGAAUUAUUUGUAACUAAUAGUGGUCGUGUAGUUAAGAAUCGUAAUAAUUAUUUAAGAAAUCGGUAUGACCAAUGUUUAUUUGUUGAUGACAAAAAUCCAGAUCUAACAUAUGAUCCAAAUUAUGAGGAAGAGGAUAGAAAAUCUAAAAAAGAUACAAAGCAAAAAUUGUAUGAGCAACCAACAGUUUCAAGAAAAUUUUUUGGUCGUGGCAUUUCUACAUUUUUCCCACUACAUGAUGAUGAAAAUGAAACAACAAGUCAGGAGGAGGGUGAAGAUGAUGAAGAGAUUGAAGAAGUAAAUACAACUAUUCCUGAAAUUGUCAAAAGUACAUCAACUCCAACAGAAGAUGGUUUUGUUAUAAAUAUUGAUGGUGAUAAAAAAAAACGGAGAAUAAAGUUUGUUGUUAAUAGGUAUAAAUUACAAUCAAUAAAUAACAAAGAAUUGAGGGAAUCUAUGAAAGUUGAUGUUAGAUUAAAAUUACGAGAAGAAAGGCUUCCCUUUAAAAGUAAAUUUAGAGCUAUUGAAUUAAAUGAUAGAAAUUGGCCAGGAAAUUAUAAUGUAGGUAUUUUGUUAGACGAUUGUACAACUUCAAAUAAUGAUGAAGAUAAUGAUCUUGAUAUUUGUGUAGAUGACGAUUUAGAAAAUCCAAUAUAUCACAAAACGACGUAUGACGCAUUUGUAAAAGAACUCCCUGGCAAACAAGUUGUUGAUGAUAUACGACAAAUUGAAGCAAAUGUUUCACCUGAAAACAUUAUGUUAGAAUCUAUAAUAGCUGGCAUUGAUAAAUAUGAUCUUAAAUAUAUGAUUGAAAAGGGACUUCAAAUUAUUAAACAACAAUUUUAUAGUGAAACAACAUACCUAAAUGUUGAUAAUUCAGCAUCUGUUUUUCAUGUUUUUUCACGUAGAAACGCUGAUUUAUUACUUUAUUACAUGUCACCAUAUAGUAGAAAAUCAAGAGAAUUGGCUCAUAAGGCACAUCUUUGGUUUAUGCAAUAUUUACCAGACAAUUUAUUAGCUGCUUAUUUAAAUAUUCUUAGGUUUGCUAAAUCAUUUGGAUAUAAAGUUUCUGAUAUUCUUAAAGAAAAUAAUGAUAUUAAUUUUAAUCACAAUGAUAAUCAGAAAAGUGAAGAAAUUAAAAAAUGUAUAAAAGAUUUCAUUAAUGUUAAAGCUGUUGAUCCUUGGUAUAAAGAAGCUAAAGAUGCCUUACCUACAAGUAUUUCAAAUGUAACUUGUUUCAUUGUUUUACCAAAUAUAAGUACAUAUGACUACUGUCCUGUUAAUGUUAUGCACAAAGAACUUAUGGAAAAUUUUAUUCCUUCUAUUGGAAGUCACACAGAAUUUGUAAAUCUCUGUUUCAAAACACCUGAACCUGUAUCUGUUGCUGAGUUAAUGGAACAUUGUAUUGAUAAAGUAAAAAUUCAACUUCAAUCUUUAUUAGCAUCAAGACCAAAUGAUCACAUAAUAACAGUUGGCUGGGGAGUAACUAAUGCAAUAAUACACCGUGUUUUGUCUGAAAUUGGAGGAGUAUCAGCGUCAAUAAACUUGGCAUAUUGCAACAAAACUGCUGAUGGUAUUAUUGGAGAUGUUGAUCAUGAAAUAACAUUAUCUUAUUGUCCACAAUUGUUUAUUGUUGGUGAAAAUUCAACUAUGUUUGAUAUUAAAUAUUUUAAUAUUACAAGGCAGACAAUGACAUGUGAAACAGGAUUAGUGGUCGUUGGAAAUGGUGAUUCUAAUUUACGUGUUUCAGCAAAUACUUUAAUUAGAGAGCGUGUCACACAAUCUUCUGUUAAUUUAAUAAUUACAGAAGUAGUAAAAGAUUUUAUUGAAGCCGUAACUCCUUUUGAUGAUAUUCCAAUUAAAGAAUUUAGAAAAAUAAUGCAACCAACAGAUAUGGAUCUUCAUUUAGAGGUUGAUUGUCAACUAUUAAAAGAGAAUCAUACUAUAUUAUAUAGUGCUCAGGCUUUAAAGAAGGCUAAUGAAUCAAGAACAUUUAAAGGUAAUGUAAAAAUAGAUACAACAAGACCUGAAAGUCCUAUUGGAGUUAUUAUGAUGAGUACUGCUAAUAUUGUAAAAACAGUAAAUACUCAUACAGUAAUGGGAAGACCUAAACCAAAAACUAUAAAUAAUGUUCCAACGACAAAUGAAUCAAUCUUUACCUCUGAAAAUUCUUUUAAAGAAACUUCAACAUUUGAAGAGCGUAAAAGUGAAAGUGAAACUUCACUUAAUAAUGCUUCCGCUAUUGACCUAGGUGAUCUCGAUAUUGGUGGAUUUGGAAGUUUUUUCUAA